AUGGGCUUCAUUUUUGUGGUCGACACAUCGCUAACGAUGGGGCUACAGCUCGAUGGACAGCCGUCCUGCUCCGUGGAAGAUUCGCGAUACGGCGUAGCGUCUCGGAUAGCCUGUGGCCUCAUUCAGCGAGCCAAGAAAAUGGUCCCCGAGCCCAGGAUCUCACUGUACCGCUCGGGUGACAAGGUCGAGAAGCUGACCACCGAGGUCGAGUCGGCGGCCGCGGCGCAAAAGAUGCUGACGAAUGGAGUCCGGUUAUUUGGUGAAUCGCACACUGGUGCUCUCCUGGAUCGCCUAGCCACCGAUUUGAGCCCCACUCCCGAUGAUCACAUCAUCGUCCUCACUGAUGCUACUUCAUAUGAUGGCGACGUCAACUUUUUCGCGCCCUGCGAGUGCCGAUUCGUUAUUGUGAAUACGACGAAGAAUGGGAUGGACCCGACACAGAUUGAAGAGCUCGAAGAGGUGUCGGCGGAAAGUUGCGGAUAUGAAGUUGGCGAAGACUACGAGGACUACUACCACCUCUUCUACAUGAGCCACGAUACCUCAGAGGAAUCGAUCGUCGACGCGGUGGCCGAGGAAAUGUUCGUCGUCCCCGUCUAUUCAUUGUCAAUUGGGAACCUGACGGCCACGAUUACGACCUCGCCACCAAUUUGGGAGGAUCGACCCUUUGAAAUCGAGGCCAUCGGAUUUUGCAAGUCGACAAAUCUACAGAAUAUUCCUGUAGCGUCGAAUCAUUUUGUGUUGCUGGAGAAUAAACGCCGCGAAAUUGACGUGCCAAUGGAGGAAGAAGAGAACUCGCAGAGUGGUGAUUCCGAUCGCAGUCGUCGAGGUGGACAGCAUAUUUUGCAGCUGGUAGCGGAGGCGAUGAAGGCGGAGGGCAUGACAGCGACCGUUCGUUUUGGUUCCGGCCGGUUCGGGAUCCUGUCGACGUACAGCGAGGCUUCAUCCGGUCUCCUAUUGAGCCUCCUCCCAGCCCCAGCCCUCCUCCCGGCCUAUGUACCAAAUUUUAACGUUCUGACCGUAAUCCCCCACCAAAACGAUCAAUAUGAGGAUUUGGUGGUGAAGGAGUGCGACGAGCCGGCCAGUCAUUUGGCUAAUUUGCACUCUUGGAUCAACUCCAGCGGAAUCCAGAACGAUCUCGGCAAAAUUCUACGCUAUUUCCGGAAGCUGCCGGAUCGUGUGGAUCAGUUUUACUUGGAGCUAAACCGAGUACGCUUUUACGCGGCUGUCAUCGGUUGCCAGCAAAUCCUGCAAGAGCUGGCCAAAAUGAUGCGCGAGGAAUCGGUGCAGUUGAACGAGCAAGUACGACGCCAUACCCAGCACGUGUUGCCGUUCCUCGAUCUUGACAUCACCCAAGGCAACCCAAUCAAGGACAUCCCAAUUCUACAC